GGCUGGGUUUGGGAGGCGGAGCUGAGGCUGAAAGGGCGGGGGCAAGGGAGUCCCGAGUGGAGACGCAGCUGGAUGGCAGGGGCGGCCCGGAGCUCCCCGGUGUCACACGGGAAUACCCAGCCAAGCUGAGGCACAGUGAUGAUGGGGGGAAGACUGUUCCUCCAUGGAACUCUCUCUUUCUUGUUGCUUAUUGUUGCCUGCCAGGCCCAUGAACUUCCAUUGAGCCAGGCUGCCAAUGGGGCUAUUCCCCUGUGUGAAAAGGAGGCCGAGUCCUGGGGAUCCAUAUUCAAUGAGGAGCGCUUGGAUGCUUGGAUCUGUUCUCUGAUUGGUUCGGUUAUGGUUGGACUGAGCGGGGUCCUUCCCCUGCUGGUAAUUCCUCUCAAGACGGGAGCAGCUCUUAAGUUGGAAGAGGGAUCCCAUCGAAUGAAGCAGCUGUUGAGCUUUGCCAUUGGUGGACUCCUAGGAAAUGUGUUUCUGCACCUUCUCCCAGAGGCCUGGGCCUACACUUGCAGUGCCACUGCAGGAGGAGGACAGAGUUUCCAGCAGCAGAAGCUUCUGGGGCUCUGGGUAAUCAUCGGUUUGCUGACCUUCCUGAGCCUGCAAAAAAUGUUCCCAGACAGUGAAAAGCAAGGAAACUCCAGCUUGGUCAGUGAUUCAAAAGCACCUGCCAAAAGGAUUCCAAAUGGGAGCAGCUUCUCUGGGCAAAAGACAGCCAAUCCAGUCCAAAGAAGAAAGGUGGGCACAGCUCAGUGUAAUGGUUCUUCUCACUUACCUUCACCACCAGCCCGGAAAAUCAAGAUCAGCGGAUACCUCAAUCUUUUGGCCAACACAAUAGAUAAUUUCACACAUGGCCUGGCAGUGGCGGCCAGUUUUCUGGUUAGCAGAAAGGUUGGGCUUCUGACCACCAUAGCGAUCCUUCUGCAUGAAAUACCCCAUGAGGUCGGAGAUUUUGUCAUCCUCCUUCGUGCUGGGUUUGAUCGCUGGAGUGCAGCCAAGUUGCAGCUGUCCACAGCCCUUGGGGGAGUUCUUGGAGCGAGCUUUGCAAUUUGUGCUCAGUCCCCUAAAGGGACAGGGGAAACCAUUGCUUGGAUUCUCCCAUUUACCUCUGGGGGAUUUUUAUACAUAGCCUUGGUAAAUGUCGUACCUGAUCUUUUAGAGGAGAAGAAUCCUUGGAACUCCGUGCAACAAGUCCUCCUCCUGUGUACUGGCAUCAUUGUCAUGGUGCUUCUCUCACUCAUUACCGAAUGAGUGGCUCCUGCUCCAGCUGCCUUCUGCUGCUUCCCAAAGCUGCCUUCGUUCUGAACUGUUACAAAGCAAUAAGGGACACCAUUUUUCUCAUUGUCUGCCUGUGGAUCUGGCUUGCUGGCACAAGAGGCAAAUCGGGGAAGCCUGGUUUUGCUGGACUACUGGACUCCAUUUCUUGUUUUUAAAGUGUCACAAACCAGGACUUCUUUUGAGAAGAGAAAGCGGGAUGGUUAGGGUUUUUUUUAAAAGGUAUGUGUAUGUGUUUUUUAAAAAUACUUUAAACAAACAAAAAACCAGCAAUGAAGAGAGGAGACUGCUUUCAGUGGAAUCGACAGUGUUGCCAGUUUGGACUUGAUUUGUGCUAGAAUUACGUGGGCAAAAAUCUAGAGUUGGGUAAAAGGCCAGAUUGCCGUGCCAGCAAAGAGACAGAAAGAGUUCUUUUCCAUCCCAGGCUCAAAGGCCAAGAAAAAGUGUCCUAAAUGACAGCAAAAUACUUGGUGGUUUCAUAUAGGUUGGGAGCAACAUCGGAAACUGCAAUAUGCAGGCUUAUGUUUCUCUGUCUGGCCCAAUGUUGUCUACUCUGACCAACAGGGGUUCUCUAGGAUCUUGGGCAUAGAACGUCCUGGUACCCGAGAUCCAUUUUAAACUAGAGAUAGCAGGGAUUGAACCCGGGACUUCCUGCAUGCAAAUUGUAAGUGCUACCACGGAGCUAGGACCUCACCAUAAAACUGCUUUCCAAAUCUUCUGGGAUACGGUCUGCUGUUCCCUCUCCUCAAGUAGUAACUGAAGAUCCUGUUGGAUUGAACUGGGCCUUUUUUGCAGGGGUUCUUUUGAUUUCAGAAGCAUUAUAUUGAAAUCGGUAUUUACAUUGGAAACUUCUGGAAAGGUAGUUUCAUACCUGCCUCUGACUAGAACAUUAUAAUAUCUGGUUUACAGCUAUACAUUGGGGAGACUUUCUUGUACUUUUGGGUCAUAAGGUACCAACAGCCUGGAAGCAACAGGCUCUGGCACUCUGGAUCUGUUGCAGUCUGUGUGCAAGAUUUUGCUUUCCUCUUGGCUCACAUGGCAGCACUGCUUGCUGGGAGCUGGGCUUGCAUUCUUCCAUGGUGGAUAAGAGAAAACAUGCUUGUAGGGAGAUGUAGCUAAGCGUACAGAAGGAGAAAAAAGCCACUCUUCACAUCUGUUUCUAAGAGUUUGACAGUCCAUUUCAAGCUGUUCUCUGCAACCUUUAAGAUCUAGAAAGAUACUUUACUAAGUAGAGGGAAAAGAUUUUCUGCAUGUGCAGUUGAGCAAGGCGAAACAAAGAGGAAUAAUUUCUUAUUGCUCAGUGCUAGCACAGAUGAUAAAAAUUAGGGCCACCAAGAAAACUAAAAUCAAUAACUUCUAGUUUAAAAACAUAAGUAAAUGUGGCAGGAUAGCGUUAUUCAAAUAGACCUUAAAGUUGUCAGACAGUGAAAUAAAACGGCUUCUAAACACAGUAAUGAUACAGUGUAUUUCGAAAGACAGAAGAAUAAAUGGCUAACCAAUUUCUUACAAAUAAACUAUACUUUCAGUUGCCAUACAUGUUUUGAUUGAGUGCUCCAGAGUACUCUUGAAAAAUAAAAUUCUCUCUAUGUAUAUAUAUCUCACAGGCCAUUUAGUCAUUUGCUCUUCUGUACUUGCUUUUCAAUAUAUUUUAUCAUUGUCUCUAGAAGCUAUGUUGCUUUUUGUAAAUAGUUACAUUUUGUGUAAAAUUUACAGUUUUCUUGGUGGUCCUGACUAUUUAUAAUUAGUGGUUGUGCAAUUGUGCAUCUGUUUGGGAAUUUAGUAUGCUUAUAUUAGAGCAUUUCAAAGCUGCCCGACUUGGAGCUGGGCAGGCUCUCUUCUCCCUACGAGCACUCUUCAAUAUUGUACAUCUUUCUCUACCUGGCUGCACCAAUUACACAAGCAGCACUGACUUCAGCUGCCUUAAAACAAACAGUAGUUUACACUGCAGCAGCUAAAUUGGCAUCCUGAUGCCAGCAAAUAGAGGAGAAUUUCUUUUCUUCCGCAUUUGCCUUCAAAACCACCAUUGGGAGAGAAUCAGCACAAGGCUGUGUGCUGUUCUCCACUCCACAGCAGGCAGGCAUCUCUUAUGAUAUGGUUGUUUAAGUCAGUAGUAUAGAUGUGGCUCUAAUUACACGUGUGAGGAAGUGUACAUGAUUUGGUCUUUUUUUGUCUUGACAAGUCUUUCUGUUACAGUCUGAGGAUUCCUGUUUUGGGAUAUUUAAAGGAAAGGUCAUAUUGCUUUAGUCCUUGAGUUUUGUUAUGCUUCGAACAUGCCUUCUGAGAUAUUGCAAUCCUCAGAUCAUUUGUCUGGAGAGUGCCAGUAAAGUCUAAAGGUGGGAUGCCACUUGGGACUCUAGAUCCUGAGAUGGGUUGCAUUGUUUAUGUACUACUGCAUAGCUAGUGGCUCACAGCUCAGUAAUGCCGUGGAUAUGCAUUUGAUGUGCUACUGAAUCUUGGGAUGCAAGAACGAUCUUUGGGACAAUUGCUUGGCUGAAGUCUGCAAAAACUUCAGGAACAACAUCCAGUGUUGGGUCACCUUAUGUACCAUCUAUCUCUGCCAUUUAAACAUCUGUUCCCUGUUGCUUGACAAUGAAAACCGAUGCUGGUACAGAUGAUUCUGGGUUAUUUUUGUGGCUUUACCUAAAGGCUGCUUGCCUAUAGUAGCAAUCCAGAGGAAAGUUUCAAUUGCAUCUCUUCCAGAAAGCAAUAACAAUGCAUCUGAUCUGCCUCGUUCUGUCUGUCCUUGGAAAGUUGCCUUUCCUUAACAGCUGCUCUCAGCUGUUAGGCAUCCAGCUUUAGAAAAUCACUGUUCCAAAAAGACACCCUUCUUACUGCCAGGUAUUCUGUGUGAUUAAUCACCAUUAGGCAGUACUGCUCCAGGACCCUGACUGACUACUGUCUGUCUCGCUUCUGCAUGGACUAGCAAAGCCCUGGCCUGGAGGAGGUAAAAAUGUCAUGCAGGGCACAGUACACAAUGUAUUUUGCCAAGAUAAUUGUAGCUCUUAAAAAUCUGAUUGGCAUUGGUACUCUGUUGCAUACCCAGGAUGAGUACACAGAAGCUCGUGUUAUUUGCAUCAGAAUUGGGUUUGGCGUAGGCUGCAAGCCGCAGCAGGAAUUUUAUGCUCACUGUUUAGGAAUGCAAAGUGGGUGACAUUGACUCAUUAAUCUCUCCGAGCUGUUGCUAUUGGCCUGUAGCCCAGGCCGCCUGGACUGUGUUUGCAGAUCUUGGGAAGCUUCACCUAAAGUGGCCAUUCAGGGUCCAAGGGAAGAGGCCUCUCCACUGCAUAUGGCACCAACUCCAGUGUUACGCACAGGAUCGGGGUGGGGGGGAGGGAGAGUACAGUUAAUCUCUCCACACUAUUUGUCAGUUCAGGAAAUGCAGAGAGAAUCCAAUUUUCUGGCUUUAGUUUGCACUAGCUCUUAUGUAUUUUCUCUGCAUGGAGGCAGUUAGAGAUGAAAUAAAGAAAUUGAGUGUGACCUCUUGUUUAUUGGCAUGGAUGCUGUCACUCUUUUCUUGGGCUCGAGAACAUCCCUCACUGAAAAAUGACAAAUCAUGGAAAGAACUAUCUCUACCUUUGGUCAGUAUUUGGAAGGAUUAAAAAAACCCAUCUAGUUCAAUUUCCUGCUGCCUCAAACUGUAGUGAUCUGCAUCUCAUCCCAUUUCUUUCCUUUCCCUUCCCUCCCCAGGGAGAGUAUUCAUACCACAGUGCACUACAAGUAGAAAAUUAGUACCUUCCAGGCAAAUGCCCAGAGCAUCAUGCUAGAUCAAACCAAGGUACUAUUUAUUCUGCAGGACUAUUUAAUUAACAGUCCUUGUGCAAACAGUUGCCAGCCAGAUACCUCUUGAGAAGCCUGCAAUAAGAUGUGAAGGCAAUAGUCCUUAUCCCGUUGUUUGUCACUAGCAUCUGCUAUUCAGAAAUAUAAUGCCUUAGAACAUGGAGGUUCUAUGUAUUCAACAUCUAUCUUCCUUUAAUUUGUCCCAUUCCCUUUUAAAGACAGAAACUCCAGCAGGGGAACUAAGCCACAGGGAAAUGCAAACAGACCUCCAGAGGAAGUAGCCAAUCUAAGCUUGACCCAUUUUAUCAAGAAUAUUAAUCAUCCUGUGAAGCUUUUCUUCUCACCUUGACUCUACGUGGCCAGUCAUGUGGCCCUAGAGUAUUUGGUUAUU